GCCUAUAUUGGGCUCCUCAGCAGCCUUAUGAAGAGAAAGAGGAAACAGAUUACUUCAUCAUGGUAAUUCUUACAGAAGAGAAACCCACGAAUUGAGCAUAAGCCACACUCGGAAAAAGCAAAAGAUUUUAUAUGAAGUUUGAAUUUUAUACAGCUUGAUGAGUGGAUCUCCUUGGAAGAAGAAUAUAAAAUUAUGAACAGACUUCUCAGUAACUCUUACCUUGAGGUCACUCCACAGUGAAAAGCCGGGCAUGCGCAAAGUCAGAAGACAACUUUUGGGACUUCUUUCCCUCAUUUCAUCAUCUGGAAUAGAAUUCAGAUUGUCAGGCUUGAAAGCAAGCCCUUUUCUCUGCUAUGCCAUCUUGCCUGUUGAGGAAAUAAAAAUAAUAUAUAAAUUUUUAACAAUUUUCAUUAUGGCAAAACCAAACAAACAAAAACUGUACCAGAGUUACCACUGCAGAAAAUGUUACAUCAUGACCCAGGCAUCCACUUCCUUCCUUUGUAUUCUUCCAUGCACUGUAGCUUUCUGGUAUCCUCCACUUUACCCUUCCAAGUUUUCACUGCAGGAUUUCAGUUGGAUUUUGCCCAGAAGAGAUCCUGAAAAGAGAUUGAGAAAUGAAGAAGAGAGAAAGUGGCAAGAUGCUAAUCAGUGAAAGAGCCUACCGCUGGCCAAGAGGAAUUGCUCGAAGUAGAUCUGAAGGAAAUUUGGUUGACAUGGAAGCCUCAACACUCUCAAAAAAUCAUAAUAUUACAGCAUGCCAGAAGCUCGGCUUUCCUCACAAUUGGCCAGAUGCUUCUGUUCAUCAUGGCAAUAGUACUGCAAAAGCUACAAAUCCAUUCUGGAAUGAGCUGUCUGCCUCGAACCCAUUUCUGGAUGACAUCACUCAGCUAAGAAAUAACCAAAAGAGAGAUAAUAUGUCCAUUUUGAAGGAGGAUCCUUUUCUUUUUUCAAGACAAAUAGAAAUAGGGAAUUCUUUUGAUUCCUCUGGUGAUGAACUUGACAUGGAUCACUUGCUUAGGCCAUCUUCCUCAAGGAAGUCAGGAAGAUCUAAGAGUGUUUCAGAACUCCUGGACAUCUUAGAUGAUACAACACAUACUCAUCAAAGUAUACAUAGCUCUGGCCAGAUCCUAAUACAAGACUUAGAAUGGCUUCAAAAUGACCGAGAAGCAUAUAAAAUGGCUUGGCUAAGUCAACGUCAGCUGGCCCGCUCUUGCCUGGAUCUGAAUAUAGUUAAUCAGAGUCCUGGGUGGGCUCAAACACAAAUUGCAGAGACUAUUGCAUUUUGUAAAUUAAACCAUCACGGAGGAUCAGUGCAGUUACCCAACUCAGAUAUCACCGUUCAUGUACCCCAAGGACACGUAGCUGUAGGAGAAUUCCAGGAGGUAUCUCUGAGAGCAUUUUUGGAUCCUCCACCAAAGCUGAACCAUGAUCUGUCCUGCACUGUAAGCCCUCUGUUGGAAAUCAGGUUAAGCAAUCUGAAGACCAUGGAAGCUAUUUUGCUGGAGAUGAAAAUUGGAGCAGAAGUGAAAAUAGAUCCUCUGAGCCAAGUCAUGACAGAAAUGGUGUGUUUACACAGCCUGGACAGAGAAGGCCCUUUCCAAGCACUAAACAACUGCUAUUUCUACAAAGACACAAUUCAAGCAAAGAUUCUUGAUCUGAGCCCUGUAAUGUACAUAGUCAUAGCUGUGCAAGCUAAGGCCAUUCAGCCACCAGCUGCUACUAUUUGGGAUUAUAUUCAUAAAACCACCUCCAUUGGAAUUUAUGGACCCAAAUAUAUCCACCCAAGUUUUACUGCUGUUUUCACAGUUUGUGGACACAACUAUGUGCCAGGAAAGUUUACAGUCUCUGACAUUAGGAAGGGUGGAAAAAACAUAUCUCCGGUAGUAUUUCAUCUCUGGGGGAAGCAUUCAUUUUUACUUGACAAGCCACAAGAUUUAAUUAUUUCAGCUUUUUCAUGUGAUCCUGAUUUUGAAGUAAAGGUAGAGAGAGAAAGGAAAAUAAUUGCACAAAGGCAAUUGGAAGCAGGUGCAGUAGUUCAUCAACAAAUGUCCUUUUCUUCAGUUGACCACAGAGAGAUGCACUUGUUUGUUUUCAGGGUUCAUGUGGGGCCUCCCAGGGGAAAACCAGUCACACAAUUUUUUGUCACUUCACCUGAUCCAGCCCCAAACCUAAAAAGGCUCUCACAUCUUCAGAGCUAUUUCCAGAAGGAGAGAGAAGGCAAGAGAGUGCCUUUGUUAUCAGCGGGCCUUGUUAAGUACCCCACUUUCCAAGAUAAAAAUAUGAACUUUACCAAUUAUGGGGUCACACUGAAGACAGUCCUGAGGCAAAGUAGGAUUGACUACUUACUUGAUUAUUUAAAGGGGGAUACAAUCGCCCUUCUUGGAGAAGGCACAGUAAGAGCCAUUGGACAAUCCAAAGUGAAAGAAUGGUAUGUAGGAGUCCUCCGAGGUAAGGUCGGACUUGUGCAUUGUAAAAAUGUCAAAGUGAUUUCCAAAGAACAAGUGAUGUCUCUGUCUGAUGGCAUUUUGACAACCAAGAAUCUUUUGGAGCAAAUUGCCUUGCCAUUUAAAAAUAUGACUUAUAUAUACUCUGUUGUAUUGACCCUGGUAUCAGAAAACAUUCAUGACUGGAAAGUUUUAGCUAAUGUCCUGGGCUACUCACAUCUGGCACAGGAAGAUUUUGAUCAAAUUCAAGCAGACAAGGAACCAGAAAGGGUUUCUUACAUUGUCAAGAAGUUAAAGGAAGAUUGCCACGAAGACAGAAGUACCAGAAAGUUUCUUUAUGAACUGAUUGUGGCUCUGCUAAAGAUGGAUUGCCAAGCAUUAGUGGCGCGUCUUAUCCAAGAGGCUGUUAUACUGACCUCAGCUGUUAAGCUUGGAAGAAGCUGGAGGGAACUUGCUGAGAAGUCGGCAGGACUCACUAAGCAUCAGAUGCAGGCAUAUGAAAUUCCCUACCGAGGAAAAUCUGGAGAUGUUUCAGCUGAGACAAUAUGGAAACCUGCCUAUGAUUUUCUGUAUGCAUGGAGUGCUCACUAUGGAAAUAGCUAUAGAGAUGUGUUACAAGACCUUCAAUCAGCUUUGGACAGAAUGAAAAACCCUGUCACCAAACGGUGGAGAGACUUAACUGGAACUUUAAUAUUAGUAAAUUCUUUAGAGGUUUUAAGAGUAACUGCUUUCACUACUUCUCAAGAAAUAUAGAAUGAAGCAAGUUUGCGAAGCAAGGAAAACGGCAACGAAGACCAAGAAGACAGAAAGCUUGUUAGCUGAUCCAUGUAGUAAGAUUAAAAACAACAACAUGAGUGACAGUUGUAUAGCUUGGUCUUCUUGUGUGACUCCUGACCAUGGGAGCAGGGACUGUCUCUGACUCUUUUUGUUGGCUUUUGGGACCCUACUCCUCAUACUGGGUUGCCUGUCCAUCCUUAAUACAAGGGGAGGUGCUUAGUCUCACUGCAACUUUAUAUGCCAUGUUUUGUUGCUAUCCACGGAAGGCCUGCCCAUUUCUAAAUAGAAACAGAGGAGGAGCGGGUUGGUUGGGGCACAGAGGGUGUGUGUGUGGAGGGGA